AUGUCUGCCGUUCCGAGUACUUGGCACAACACGGUUGCAUCUCAGCAAGUGAUCUUAAAUGCGGCUAGUAAUCCCUGGGUCAAUGUAACUCAAGAGAUGUAUCGUGAGUCGCUCGAUGCAGCGAGUAGCGAACCACGUCAGGCCCAGUCCUCUGAGGAACCCUCCAGCGAUGACGAGCUAGAAGUGCAUGAAAUCAUUUUGUCCAGUCAGGGUGAGAUAGUUUCAGAACCAACGGAGGACGUACAAGCGCAUUCCCAUACUUACUAUGAUUACUUCCACCAGGAAUCGAUGCAAGGUAUUUUGUCAGUGUCUGCGGUUGAAGCCUUGGAAUCUCAUGUAGAGCGAAAUGGUCCAUCGAGUGCGCAUGAGAGUGAGCUUCCUAGGGUGGGAUCUCAAUACGGUCUUUUCAGUGUUCAAGAUAGCAUUGCAAUCGACAACGACCCUCGCUUUGUGUCUCUUGAGGCCCAGCAUCCGGAGGGAGGAACGAUCACACAACAGGUGUUCCAGCUUGACCCUCCUGGUCUCAACAGUUCAGGACCUUCCGUCGACGAAAGCGACUUAACGAGAUUGCUGCAGGCGAUGUCUCUUGCUGUAGCGAAUGGCAUCAAGGAAGGCGUGCAGAGAGCGCUAGACGCGGUUGUCGAACAGAAGUCUCACUGCAGGAGCAGUGGGAGUGCUGACGCGCGUCGCAAUGUCACUGGAGGAUCUGCGGAAAUGGAGUUCGACGAAGAUGAAUACUUCGGAGACGUUGAACAUCGUGAACGUCCCGCUGCACGAACGAAAUGUCGGAGAGGUCCGCGGAGCAACAACGCGUUCAAUGCACGAUUCAGGCAGUACCUGCGAAUUAAGGGCAUUCUGCCUGCUGACGGCAGAUUGCCAGCCAGUGCAAUGCCUUCGGUAGUCGAGGCCUUCAUUGAUGGAAUUGGAGAUGGCCCUGAUAUUACGUUGCCGCUCAUGGAUUGGAGUAGUGAGCUGAGCUCUCUAUGGAAUAAGGAACUGAUACUGCUCCUCUCUCGAGAAUUUCUCCAGCGAAUCAAGUCAGGCUCAGAAUUCCCUCUUCUUUUUGAUCCCGAAACUAUGACAGAGACAACGUUGCUGCGCUCCUGUACCGCGAAAUUACGGCGCAUGCAAGCACAGGUUCGUCAUGCAGGCUCUCGCGAUUGGGAAGAAAGGAAAGCCAACGAUGCGGCGGCGUUGAGACGCAACACAAGGCGUCAGGGCAUAUUCGUGAGACGUGCUCAGAUCGUGAACGCGAACAAGGGAAGCUCACCAGCUUUGUGGAAUGCUGUUGAGAACAUUUUAGAGAAACUCGAGGUUGCUGGGAUGAGCUCGGACCACACAGACGAAGAAGCAAGUAAACGCCACAAAGUCGUCCGCAGAGCGCAGCUGCCUUGGCGUCACGACGACGUCGACGCCUUGUUGUCCGCUGUAGACGGUUAUCAGACUGCGUCAGGAGCCUUGGGAUUGAAAGGGAACUGA